AUGUUUCGCCGCCUCCCCCAUACUCUCCCCGCCGACCCCGUCUUCGAGCCGGACCUCGCCAAGUUAGGCUUCUUCAUUAAUGGUGAAGAUGUAGUCCGCUCGAUUCGGAGUCCGGACCGCAAGUAUCAGUACAAGAUCAACAGGAAUGACCGGUGGAAUGAGGUUCAUAAAUCUGCGAUUCAUCAAAUCAUCAAAGACAGGCUCUCUAAUCUCGGCUGCAAAACCGUUCGACUGCCACUCGGCGCAAGCGAAGCAGAGAACCACGUCCCUAUCCUCGUGUCCAAGGACAUCGCUACAAAAGCCCGAGUGACCGUCUUUUUUGGCGAGAGGAACAUAGAACCGGGGAUUUUGAGCUGGCGUAUGAUCGGCGAGGCCGGGAUCAAUCGUGGUUCACUGGUCGAGUUUGCAAACGCUCUCUUGUUCGUUCCGGUACCUGAGACUGCGUCAACCUCAACCUCAACCACUGCACCUGCACCUCCCAUCGCCACGUCUCCGUCUACGUCAGGACUGAUCGUCGCCAAUCCAUGUCAGUUGCUCUGGUAUCGCGGUGGCGGACGGGCAGUGUCGGCGCACGAAUGGACCUGUUUGCCGAGGCCGAGCGCUGUGCACGACGCUCCACGAGUGGACGCUGUUAAGAAUAGAAUUCCUGGCAACCGGGACUACGUGGAGCACGUGUCUUACGUGUUUGAACAGGUGAUUCCAAGCUUGGUCGUAAAGGAAGCAAAAGUGGAUGUUAUUGGGUUGGAAUACACUGGAUCAGCAGCGCUGGAAUACCUUGCUGAGCAUUGGGACUCAUGGUCUAGUCGCAUCAACGGCAUUUCUCUGGUUACACCUCAACACAGGAUAGCAGACGUCAUCGCCAACGGCGCUCCCAGCGACUUUGUCACCUUUAUAAGCAAACGAUGUCGAGCUUACUUCGUCUCACCGUCACCCAUUGAGACGCCGAUCGCUGGUCGUGAGGAGGUGGGAUGCAAUUGCUACGCGAGUGGAGAGCACCUGUAUCAGGAGAAUACGAUGAUGAGGUGCUGGAGGCACAUGUUAGACUGGUUCGACAUGUUGUAUGUGAAUCCAGAGUACGAGGAAGCUGAGUUUGAGGUGAUGGAACAAGAUGAAGAGGUGAAGCUUGGAUGGUAG